AUGUUUGGAGUCGGGAUCGGAGCACAAGUCGGUGGUGUCGGUGCUAAUAUCGUCAAUGCACAAGUGCCUUCGAUUGGAGGUGUGUUCAACUUCGUGGGAGCUGGAGUAGGAGGUGGAGUUGGGAUCAACGGCGGUGCAGGUGCGGGUGCCAAUGGGGGAAUGGGUGCUGGAGUCGGCAUCAAUGGCGGCGGCGAGGGAGGUGCUGGAGGUGGAAUCGGUGCUGGAGUCGGCAUCAACGAUGGUGCAGGUGGGGAUGCCAAUGGAGGAGCUGGCGUGGGAAUGGGUCUUGGUGGUGGUGGCGCUGGCAUUAGCAGUCAAGGUCAAGGACAAGUUGGCGGAGAAUCUGGUGUAGGUGUCAAUGGCAACGAGUCGAGCGGAGCUAAGGCAGGUGUGGGCUUAGGCGGAGGUUAUGGUUACACAGAUUCCAAAGGCAGCGUCGUACAAACAGGACCAACCUUCACAAACGCCAUCUUCCCCGUCCCUUCCGAUCAAGUCUCCACCCAGUGCCCAUCGACACUCACAGCGGCGAGCACACAAGCCUGGGGCGCACCCCAAAAAUGCGAUUUCAACGACAUCGGAGCACCAAACCCAACAUGCCAGCAAAUCGCCCCUCCCCCCAACAUAAUCAACCAAAUCCCCGAAUUCUCUCCCUACCUCUUCUGGAACAUGCAAUGGCAACAACCACAAUACUUCUCUCAAGAAGGCUCGCCCGCACCACCCCAAGGUUCUCCUUGGAAAGGUCCAGAGCCCGGUUGUACGCCAAGUAUCGUCCAGACCACGACGAAUAUUGUGCCUAUGACGGACGCCUGUUGCUACGCCUUCGAUGGCUCGGACCGGCGUUCCUGCCAGUCAGACACCUGCUACUCCAGAGACUUCGUUGGCACCUCAGGCGCCAGGUGGUUCGAAUGCUACGAGUUCGGGUCCAGCUCCGUAUACUGGACAAGCUUCGUAAUCGUUCUCCAAGGCCGGGAAAAGCUGUUGGAGAAUGGUAUGGUCAUAUAA